AUGACUGACCUCAGUAGCUCGCUCGGUGGCCUCCCGCGUAUACAGUUCAGCAAGGAGCGGAAGCAGCAGCUCGAGUCCACGAGUGAUGACCUCGUGGACAGGGCGCUGCAUGUGUACGACGACUUCCACACGAACAAGAAGCAUGCCAAGACGGCCAAGCAAUGGAGACUCAUCAAGCGGAAGAAUUCGCUAAACAUUUACAGGGAAAGGGGCAAAUUCAAGUCUCGUGACAGCCGAGUUUAUCUCUGUAGCGGAGUUAUGCCUGGCACUGUCGAGGACAUGAUCAGUGGCAUGUAUUUCGACGAUACGGAGAACAUGCGGAUUGGACUCACCGUCCUCAUGGACAAGUUCCUCGACGCCAGAGUGCUCCACGUGUUCGAGAAGAAUGAGGUCACCAGUAGCGUCGUCUUCUCGGGCAUCAAGUGGCUGGCGCUUAAGACACCUACGAACGCCUCGAUCAUUCACGACCGCGACAUGCUCUUCUACAAUCGUAUCGGCCGGAUUGUCGAUCGUCGAGGACGAUACUUUGUCUACUGCGUUAUGGACUCGAUUGAUCUGGACGAGUUCCCAGCCAACCGACAGCAUAAUCUGGAGCGUAGUUCUCUCUCGUUGUGCUACCUUUUCCGACAGGUGCAGGAGGAGUGGGUGGGCUGCUUUAUCAUGGGUAGUUCGUCCAUGGGUGGUACACUCCCACGAAGUGUGAGUGAACUCAUCACGGCCGAGCGAAUGCUGUCUGUAGGCAACUUUCUCGUCGUAGCUCGUGCCAAAGCGUAUUCAGCUCGCAUAGCCAGCAGCGCCGAUCGUAUCCCGUCUACCAGCGCCUCUUGCGACGUGUGUAUGAAGAAGCCGAAUAUGUUGAGUGGCUCACUCAAACUCUGUAUGGGUUGUCGACGAAACACGUGCAGGAAAUGUCGCGAGUGGUGCACCGUAUUCCGUCAAGAGCUGCGUACACAGAAACCUGGCAAGGAGAGGUUUUGCUCGCAGUGUAUCUCGGAAGUGACGCGUCCUACUAUUUCGAAUUUCUACAUCUGCAGUCUAAACGAAUCUACUAACGAAAGUGGCAACUUUCAGGGUUCCAAUUCCGUAUCGACGACAGCUUCAGGUGUCAAGCCCAGCAGCAGCAGUCCAUCUUCGUCGCCUAAUUCGCACGAUUUCUCUGAAGUUGGCUCGGACGCGUGGCCGCCAGGUCCACCGGAUCUACCGGAGAACCUGGACGGCCUUGCUAACUUUGUGGAGCGAGCAAGUACAGCGAACGCAAGGGAUAUGCAGUGGAAUCAGGAAGAACUAGACUAUUUCUCGGGUAUUCUAAGAGAAUCCGGACACUUCAAGCCGCCGCAGUUUUCAGAGAACAGCAGCAACACAACCGCCAGCAGUAGCAACAGCCACGCACGACGAGCGCAAAGCUACACAUUCCAACCGGGCAGCUCCAUGCCUCCGCCAAAACAGGAGAAAAUGGACCGUCGGGUGUCUCGAAGCUACGCAUCGGACGACAACUCCGUGCCGCACCAGAAAUUCUUUAGCGUCGAUGAACUAGACUGA